UUUGGAUUCAAGUGCGUUUUUUUUUCUCCCAUCUAAAAUGUAACUAAAUCCUGUGAAUCUGCCAUCCAGCAGCAGCAAAAUGCAGCCGGACGAUCUCUCAAUCCCCAGAGGCGAUAGUAAGAUUAAGCUCAAAUUAAAUCUUCACGUCAAAAAGCGUCUACAAGAAACCAAAAAGACCUUAUCUAAUUCCUUGGAGCUUGGGAGCCCACCGGUUGCAGUAUCGCUGGGAGCUGCUGCAGGACCACUAGCAACAGCAGCAGUCGGAUCAAAGACUAAAAGGUUAAAGACGAAGCACUCGCAGGCGGUACCGCCAUCGCCGUCCGUUUCCAUCACUCAAGGCGCCAGCUGUAGCAGGGGUAGUAAACAGUCAACCGAAUUAUUGCUCUCGCCUGGAAUUAUUGGCGGAAAUAGUAACGAUGCUACCAAUAGCAGUUUCAACUCAGCCGAUUAUGAUCCAGACGCAGGCGUUUCCAAUGAUGGUCAAGAUCGAGCGGAUAAGAGCGGUGGUAAGUCUUCAUCGAAGCCAGAUAUUUUUACACUGAUACUUAACGAGAAGAAAAGUUCUUUGAUGCGCGAUCCGGAGGUGAUUAAGUUUUUGAGAGAAAUGAUGGAGAAACGGAAUAAAUGAUGGUU